GCAACAAUGCUCAAGAUAUUUCCAAUUCUAGCCAUCCUUGCAGGCCACACCAGCGGGGUCGUGGUGACCAUCCCUGAGAAGACAGUGAAUGUCACAGCAGGUGGAAACGCAACCCUCCUCUGCACAUACACCAGUUCUGGACCACUGGGAAAUUUCUUUAUUCAGUGGAGUUUUUACAGUGCCAAAGAGAGCCAGCUGCAUACCCAUUCCCCAUGUCAUGGUAUUCUGAGUAUGGAUGAAAAGUCAGUCAGUCUUUGUCAAAAGACGGUGUAUGUGACAGAUGCACGGGGAAGAUGUAGCUGGAGAUACAAGAUCUAUUAUUAUUCAGAAGGCCAAUCUUACUCCUAUGGAGCAUUUAAGAACAGGAUAACAGCUUCAACAAGUCCAGGGAAUGCAUCAAUAACAAUCUCCAACAUGCAGCCCUCAGACACUGGUUCCUACACCUGUGAAGUUUUUAGCCCUCAGGGUAAUUCUGGACAGAGUCAAAAAUCUGUGAUCAUCAAUGUGCUGGUCAAACCAUCCAAACCUUUCUGCAAAGUAGAAGGAACACCUGAAAAAGGCCAUCUAAUCUACCUCCUAUGCAACUGUGAAGAGGGAUUGCCUCGCCCCACCUACCGCUGGUACAAAGUCGAGGAGAACACCCUCAAGCCUGUGACAGAGCAACUUAAUCCAAACUCUGGCAUCCUUUACAUUGGCAACCUCACCAGCUUUGAAACUGGCUACUAUCGGUGCAUAGCCAGCAACCUCCUGGGGAACAGCACCUGUGAGCUUGACCUAACAGCAAAACAUUCAGAUGGUGGUCUUGUUGCUGGAGCAAUGAUUGGAGCAAUUCUGGCAGCUGCUAUAAUCUGCAUUAUCGUCUGGGUCUUAACCAAGAAGGCAAAAAAUAGGAAGUCACCAAAUAAUGAGAUGCAAGAAAUGGCUCAGAAACAAUCCAAUGCAGACUAUGUUCAGGUACCCAAUGAAGAAAACAUUCCUACAACCACAGUUCCAUCAAGCAAUGCAACAAAUGAAUACCCAAGCAUUGAUGAAACAGCAGCUCCAGCAACACCUGAAAAUGAUGAGAAGCAAGAAGCAGAAAAAGAAGAAAGAGCCUAG